GGUGCUGCGUGGGUUCCUGACGAGUUUGCUUGGUCCACUGAAAUGCUGGUCACCUGCUUCCAGACGUAUGUUCCUAGCAGCCCUAGCGGAGGGCAGCUGCAGCAGGUUCAGUAUGCGGCAGCCACACCGAACUCACCUUGUGAGGAAGAAGCACAUGCAGAAAACAAGAUGGAGAUGGAGAUCCAGGACCCCAUGCAAGUGUUCGAGAAAACAGCAGACGAGUUCGAGGUCGACAUCGACAUGUUCGACAGGAAGAUGCAUAGGUAUCCUGGACUCAUUCGACGUCUCAGCGACGGCAACAAAAACUACACCACUCCGGUGACGGUGGCCAUCGGACCCUACUACCACGGCAAAGACCACCUCAAGCCGGCGGAGAAGGUGAAGUAUGUGGCUGCCUACCACUGCAUCAUGGAGUCGGGCCACUCUGUCCAGGAGAUGUACGACGCAGUCGUCUCAGUCGCAGGCGAGGCCCGGGGGCUCUAUGACAAGGACGUGAUGGCAGGUAUCAGCGACAACGACUUCGAGCCUAUGAUGUUCUAUGAUGCCUGCUUCUUGGUGCAGUUCAUGCUUAAACUUACAGGCUCCAAGUUGAAUUCGUAUUUAUCCCGCUAUUUCAAGGGCAAUAUGAACGACAUCUUCCGUGACAUCCUCCUGCUUGAGAACCAGCUCCCCUGGCGGGUGGUCGAGACCGUCAUGUGGUUCAGGCAGGUGUCGUUGCCGAAGCUCGUUAAUUCGUUGAAAAACGGCCUGCAAGACCGCAAGGUCCGCGGGAGGAAGCCUUUGGACUGGGAAGACAAGUACAAACCGCCACACCUCCUCGGUCUUGUCCGGUUCUACAUUGUGGGAAGGAGCAAACCCAAACCGAACCGGCAGCCGCUACCCCGCCUCGAGUCGGUUUCGAUUUCUGUAGGUGCCAUGGAGCUUGCAGAAAGCGGCAUCAUGCUGACGGCCAACAAGACAAGUGACCUCGUAGACAUGGGCAUCGACACCAAAGGGCCCUUCUGCGCGGAGCUCUCUCUGGCGCCACUGUCCCUGAACGAUUUACGCUCAGUCUGGCUAGUCAACAUGGCAGCCUUCGAGCUGUCCACGACCCUAGAAUUUCAAGGGCGUGAUGUUGAAGAUGAAGCGUCCGCUGUCUGCUCCUACCUCCUCCUCCUAGCCAUGUUCGUGGACAAGGAGGAGGACGUGCACCAGCUGCGAACACAGAGUGUUCUGCAAGGAGGAGGAGGGCUUACCAACAAGGAGGCGCUCUCCUUCUUCACCAGCCUUCAGGACCUGCCUCUCGGGAGCCGCUAUGUCCGCACCAUGAAAGAGAUUGAGAAUUACAGGAACAAGCAGAGGCGGAAGCGGACACGGUGCCACGCCUUUUUUCACAAGAACUGGAGAAUCAUGGCCACGGUCUUCUCCGCCGUUGCUGCACUCAUCACUAUCUUGAGCACGCUUGCGUCUCUCAAGAAACAAUAG